CCGCAGCCAGCCCGGAGCCUCCCCGCGCGGCGCCGCGAUCUGAAGAGCCGGGCGGCGGCCCGAGACCUCCGGGCCCGGCAAGUGGGACAGGGUGCGGGGGAGCCUCGGCUUUGUUCCUGGGGUCGGGGUGUGGCGGUUUCUCGACUCCGACCCCCACCCCCGCAGGAAACGCCCAGAACCACCCUAGAGCCGCGAUCUACAAAGCCCAGCGAUCCCGAAGGCGGGAGGGGUCAGGCGUGCUCCGGAGGCAGGAGGAUCCCCCUCGCUCUCAGGCUCACGCCCGGCUCCUCAUCAGGCCACCUCCAGCCCCAUGAGGACCCCCGGGCCGGGGCUGAGAGCCUGGCGCAGCCUGGACCGAAAUCUUGCGGCGGCCUUAGAGCGUUAGACAGGAUGCGGCUGGGCCGCCGGGCCCUCUGUGUGCUGGUCGUGCUGCUCGCCUGUGCCUCGCUGGGGCUCCUGUACGCGAGCACCCGGGAAGCGCCGGGCCUCCGGGCACCUCCUGCCCUGUGGACGCCCCUGCAGGGCCUCCCCAGGCCAGAACUGCCAGGUCUUGUCCCCGAGCCCCGCUAUGCACACAUCCCAGUCAGGAUCAAGGAGCAAGUGGUUGGGCUGCUGUCUGCAAACAACUGCAGCUGUGAGUCCAGUGGAGGAAGCCUUCACCUCCCCUUCCAGAGGCAGGUCCGAGGCAUUGACCUCACCAAGGCCUUUGACCCUGAGGAGCUGAGGGCUGCCUCUGCCUCAAGGGAGCAGGAAUUUCAGGCCUUCCUUUCAAGGAGCCAGUCUGCUGCCGACCAGCUGCUCAUAGCCCCUGCUAACUCCCCACUACAGUACCCGCUGCAGGGCGUGGAGGUCCAGCCCCUCAGGAGCAUCCUGGUGCCAGGCCUGAGCCUGCAGGCCGCUUCAGUUCAAGAGGUAUACCAGGUGAACCUGACUGCCUCCUUGGGCACCUGGGACGUGGCAGGGGAAGUGACUGGAGUGACUCUCACUGGAGAGGGGCAGCCAGAUCUCACCCUUGCCAGCCCAGGGCUGGACCAACUCAAUCGGCAGCUGCAACUGGUCACUUAUAGCAGCCGAAGCUACCAGGCAAACACAGCAGACACAGUCCGGUUCUCCACCGAAGGGCAUGAAGCUGCCUUCACCAUCCGCAUAAGACACCCCCCCAACCCUCGGCUGUACCCACCUGGGUCUCUACCCCAGGGAGCCCAGUACAACAUCAGCGCUCUGGUCACCAUUGCCACUAAGACCUUCCUUCGUUACAAUCGGCUACGAGCACUCAUCGCCAGCAUCCGCCGCUUCUAUCCGACGGUCACAGUGGUCAUCGCCGACGACAGCGACAAGCCAGAGAGCAUUAGCGGCCCCCACAUUGAGCACUAUCUUAUGCCUUUUGGCAAGGGCUGGUUCGCAGGCCGGAACCUGGCUGUAUCUCAAGUAACCACCAAGUACGUGCUGUGGGUGGACGACGACUUCAUCUUCACGGCGCGGACGCGGCUGGAGAGGCUUGUGGACGUGCUGGAGCGGACACCGUUGGACCUGGUGGGCGGCGCAGUGCGCGAGAUCUCCGGCUUCGCCACCACCUACCGGCAGCUGCUGAGCGUGGAGCCGGGCGCUCCAGGCCGCGGGAACUGCCUCCGGCAGAGGCGCGGCUUCCACCACGAGCUCGUCGGCUUCCCAGACUGCGUGGUCACAGACGGCGUGGUCAACUUUUUCCUGGCGCGGACCGACAAGGUGCGCGAGGUCGGCUUCGACCCGCGCUUCAGCCGCGUGGCGCACCUAGAAUUCUUCCUGGAUGGACUUGGUUCUCUUCAGGUGGGCUCCUGCUCAGACGUCGUUGUGGAUCAUGCAUCCAAGUUGAAGUUGCCUUGGACAUCAAGGGAUGCUGGGGCAGAGACUUAUGCCCGGUACCGUUACCCGGGAUCACUAGAUGAAAGUCAAGUGGCCAAACACCGCCUGCUCUUCUUCAAACAUCGGCUCCAGUGCAUGACCUCAGAGUGAUGGCCACCCUUGGCCUUCCAACUGUCAGGCUGGGCCUGCCUCCUUGUCCCUGCCAGGAUUUCUAGCAAACCCCACCGGCCAGUGACCACUCCACUGACUGUCCCCAGUCUCCUUCAGAACUUGAUCCCAAAUAGGGGCUUGUCCUG